CACGAGUCUCUUCUGACAAAGAAAUCUAGAGGACAAGGUGAACGACGAAGAAAUGGCCAGUUCUCAGGGACAGCUGACCUUCAGGGAUGUGGCCAUAGAAUUCUCCGAGGAGGAGUGGGGACGCCUGACCCACACUCAGCGGCAACUGUACAGGGAUGUGAUGUUGGAGAACUAUGGACACCUGCUCUUCUUGGGUCUCAUUGUGUCAAAGCCUGAUUUGGUCUCCUUUUUGGAGCAAAAGAAGGACCCUUCGGAUGUGAAGAGAAAGAAGACAGUGGUCUUUGAUCCAGCUGUAUCUUCACAGGGCACCCUGAGCUUCCUGCCAAAGCCAUGCAAAGAAGCUUCAUUUCAAGAUGUGUCAAUGGGCCAAUAUAAACAUAAUGUCCUUGAUAAGUUACAUUUGAUGAUAGACUGGGAUAAUGAUCAUAAAGGACAUAUCCAAAUUGAGACUACUGCCCAUAAUGAGAAUCUCACUGCCCAUAAUGGUGAAAGAUACAAAAUAUUUUGUAAAACCUUCCUUUUUAAGUCCAUUAGUUCUGCAAAACAGGGUGUUUCUGUAAGCAGCUCCAAUCCAAUACUCAAACGUACAUAUUUAUGGAUGGAGAAUGUGGAACAUUUGGAAAGUUACCUAGCCUGUGCUGAACAUAAUGAUUUGAACAAUUUUGAAAAUAGGAUUGGAUUGACCUUUCAUUCAGAUAUUUCUAAACUUCAGGGAUUUCAACAUGGAGAAACAACUGCUAAGUGGGAUCCAUUUGAGAGGUCCUUCACUAAAGACUCAACCCUUCCAAAUUCCCAGAGUAUUUUCAAUGGAGAGGGAAUUGUUCAAGGCAGUGAAUCUGAGAAAAAAAUUCAUCAAGGCUCAAAUGUUAAUAAACACCUGAGGACUCAUUUUGCAGAGAACCAUUUCAAACAUAUUAAAUGUGGGGAAGUCUUUUAUCAAAGAUCCAACCUUCUGUCUAACAGUAUGCAUAUAAAAGAGAAUCCUUAUAUAUUUAAUGAAUAUGAAAGAGAUUUUAACCAGUCCUCCAGUGUUGGUGAUCAUUCAGUAAUUCAUGUGGGGAAAAACCCAUACAGAUAUAAGAAACCCAGGAACAUGUUUAGUCAGCCACCAAGAAUACAUAUACAUAAGACAGUUUGUACUGGAGAUAAAACUUACAAAUGUAAAGAAUGUGGCAAGGUCUUUAACCAGCAGUCAUACCUUACUCAACAUCACAAAACUCAUACUGGAGAGAAACCUUAUAAAUGUAAAGAAUGUGGCAAGGACUUUAUCCAGCAAUCAAGCCUAAAUCAGCAUCACAGAAUUCAUAAUGGGGAGAAACCUUACAAAUGUCAAGAAUGUGGCAAGGCCUUUAGCCAGCUUUCAAACCUUAGUCAACACCACAGAAUCCAUACUGGAGAGAGGCCUUACAAAUGUCACCAAUGUGGCAAGGCCUUCAAGCAGCACUCAGCCCUUGCUCAACAUCACAAAAUUCACACAGGAGAGAAACCAUAUAAAUGUAAAGAAUGUGGCAAAGCCUUUAACCAUGACUCAAGCCUCACUCAGCAUCACAGAAUUCAUACUGGAGAGAAACCUUACAAAUGUGAAGAAUGUGGGAAGGCCUUUAGGCAACACUCACACCUUACUCAGCAUCACAGAAUUCAUACUAGAGAGAAGCCUUAUAAAUGUAAAGAAUGUGGCAAGGCCUUUAGGAGAAAGACACACCUUACUCAACAUCAGAGAAUUCAUACUGGAGAGAAACCUUACCAAUGUAAAGAAUGUGGCAAGGCCUUUGUCCUCCAUUCAGGCCUUACUCAACAUCAGAGAAUUCAUACAGGUGAGAAACCUUACAAAUGUAAAGAAUGUGGUAAGGCCUUUAUCAAUCAAUCAAGCCAUACUCAACAUCAAAGAAGUCAUACUGGAGACAAACCUCUUAAGUGCAAAGAAUGUGGGAAGGCCUUUAAGUGGAACUCAGCCCUUAGUGUACAUCACAAACUUCAUACUGGAGAGAAACCUUAUAAAUGUGAAGAAUGUGGUAAGGCCUUUAUCCUUCAUUCAGGCCUUGUUCAGCAUCAGAGAAUUCAUACUGGAGAGAAACCUUACCAAUGUAAAGAAUGUGGCAAGGCCUUUAUCCUCCAUUCAGGCCUUACUCAGCAUCAGAGAAUUCAUGCUAAUGAGAAACCUUACAAAUGUAAAGAAUGUGGCAAGGCCUUUAUCCAUCAGUCAUUCCUUACUCAACAUCAAAGAAUUCAUACUGGAGAGAAACCUCUUAAGUGUAAAGAAUGCGGGAAGGCCUUUAAGUGGAACUCAGCCCUUAGUGUGCAUCAAAGAAUUCAUACUAGAGAGAAGUCUUAGAAAUGUAAAGAAUGUGGCCAGGGCUUUAUCCAGCAGUCAUACCUUACACAACAUCACAGUUCCUACUGGAGCAAGUCUUACAAAUUUGAAGACUGUGAGAGAGUUUGGAAGGACUGCUAAACCUUAAGCCUAUGUCAGAGAAUUCCUAUUGGAGAGGAGAUAUAUAUGUGUAAAGAAUGUGGCAAGACCUUUAGGCAAUGUUAAACCCUUGUUCCUUAUCAGAGAAUGUAUAGUGGAGGAGAUUUUAUAAAUAUAAAAUUUGGCAAGCCCUUUCCUAGUGCUCAAGCCUCUCCCAGCAUUACAGAAUUCAUACUAGAGAGAAACCUUAUAAGUGUAAAGAAUGUGGUAAAGUGGGGCACCUGGGUGGCUCAGUUUUGGAUUGCUCAACACUUAAGUCAGCAUCCCAGAGUUCAUACUGAGGAGAAAUAAUAGAAAUGGAAAGAACAUGACAAACCCCUGGCUGGAAGUCCUAACUUGCUCAACAUCAUUAUCAUACAGGAGCAAAACUGUAAUAUGUAAAGACAGUUUUAAGGCCAAGCCUUUAACUAGAAUUCAGCCCUUACUCAGUAUCCCAAAAUGCAGUCUUGGUUCAAAUCGUACAAACACAAUGAAGAAAGACUUUCUCCUACACUUCAGAAAACAUCAGAGUUUAGAGAAGAAAAGGAACUUUUAAUAGAAAAAUGCAUAGAAACAUUUAAUUGAAAAUCAGAUGUCAAUAAAUGUCACAGAAUUCACAGUAUACAGCAGUACACCAGUCACUCUCUUCAGAGAUUGCAUUAAAAAAAAUACAAAUUUAAUUAGCUAUUGUAUGUGCUAUUAUACUUCAAAAGAUACAAGGGGGAUUUUUUCAUUAUAAUUUAAAUGUGUUUGUCUUUCCAUUGACCCUGUAUGAGAUUUGUGACUUGCAAUUAUUCAUGUAUUUCUACUCUUAGAACUCUUCAGAAAAUUCAUUUAUUUCUAGUCAGUGUGUGAAACUAUGUAGGUGAUUGGUGUUGCAUCAGGGACAUGAGAAGCUCUUCUUUAGGUGGGACUCAUGCAUAUCUAAUUUUCCAUGGAAGAUGAAGGACUGUGUAACGUACAAUAUAUGAGGAAAAUAUAAAUGAAUAUUCCUCUUGUGGUUAUGACGUUGAUAUAGGUCAUCAAGAAGUAGGUGUUCAGAAAAUCAUUCUCCAUUUAUUAAAACUAAAAAAAAAAAUUGUGACCAUUACCAGUUACAUGUUUUACUAAUUGGUGUUUUUAAUGAAAACAAGAUGGCAGUCUUCACAAUAGUAAUUGUUAGAGAGUAUGAGUUGAUGGGGUUGAAAUGAAUAAAUCCUGACAGAUAGCAGAGAGUAGCUAACUUCUGUAAAAUGACAUACACUUGUACAUCCACAUUUUUAGAAAAUUACCAGAGUCCUGAAAGCAUUUUAGUAUGCAAAACUAAGGUUGUAAGAAGCUAAAAUAGACUUCUAUCGGAUGUCUUUACUAAGCCUCAUGUAAUCACAAAAUGAAAACAAUGUAG